UUGGGUAUAAAAUGCAGUAGUUUAGAACAGCAAAUGCAAAACGGUUGUCUACCAGUCACAUACACAACAACAACAGUCCAGAAACAUCUCAUCCACCAUGAAGGUUUUCGUAAUACUGUGCGCCUUUGCUGCUUGUAUGUUUGCUGCCGGAGAUCCUGUGCCUGUGGUUGAACCUGCUGUGAUUGAUCCUCCUGCAUUGGAGAAAAGCGAUGCCGUUGUGGUUCCGGACGCGCCAGCAGUAGCUGUGGAAGCGCCAGUAGAAACAACAGAAGAAGUUGCCCCUGUGUCUGUGGAAGCGCCAGAAGAAGCAAGCGAAGAAGAAGAAGGUGACAGCAGCAGUGAAGAACAAGAAGAAGAAGAAGUAGAUGAUGAAGAUGACGAAGAAGAGGCAGAGGAGGAGGAAGAGGAAGAGGAAGAGGAAGAAGAAGAAGAAAUAGAGCAAGAAAAAGAGAGUGAAACAUCUGCUGAUAAUAGUGAUACAGUUGCAUAAUCAUCAUCAUAAAGUACUGGUUGUGAUACAUUAAUAACUAGCGCUAAUAAACAUGCUGCGACUCAGUAAAACAAACAUAUUAAAAAAUAGAUAGACUUUUAUUGUUCAAUUUAUUAAUAAAGUAUGCAACCACA